AUGAGUUCAACAAAUAGUUCAACUGACUCACCGGCUCCGGUCUACUUACCGCCUCCACGACGUGUGAUAACUACUCAUAACGCCGAUGGGAAAGCCGUUAUUAGCGAAGAUCUGUCCGAGAACCCUCCGCGGGUUGACAUUCCUGGCAUGAACUUUUAUUUAUGUUACACCUUGAACCAAGCUCCAGGCAUCUUGCAAGACGACCAAGACCUGAAAGCGUACCAAGAUCGACUCCCACAUAAUGUGGGUCUCAGUAUUCCUGGCGGGACUCUGCUCCGAGUUGUCGAUUUUUUACCUGGAGAGUCGGAAGGACCGAUACACAGAACGAAGACUAUCGAUUUUGGAGUUAUUAUCGAAGGGGAAUUACAAUUAAAUCUUGAUAGUGGAGAGAGUACGGUAUUGAAACGAGGAGAUAUCCUUAUUCAACGAGGGACAAUUCAUUCUUGGAAGAACAACAGCACCACCGAUGUUGCACGGGGAUUUUUUGUGUUAGUGGACGCGGAUUUGCCGACAGUGAAUGGCAUCAAGUUAGCGGAGGAAGUGCCCAUCGAGGAACUGAAAAGUGUAUAG